AUGCCCACCACGGGCUACGCGCGCAUUCUCGUGACCAGUUCCAUAGCUUCCCUGUACGGCAGCCCCGGUUACCUGCCGUACACGGUUUCAAAGCUGUCGUCAGCUAGCCGACGCGGUGGGGGGGGGCAAGUGAUUGAGUACUACAAAAGUCAGGGCCUGAACCCCCGAGACGUGGGAGAAGCCGUCUACGGAAUUGCGAUCGACCCCGCCUCGCCGCGGCCGCAGUACCUCAUCAUGGGGGACGAUCACUGGCCCACGAUCAUCCCUCUCCUAUGCAGCGUGUGGGGGCGCGCCGUUCUGCGGGCCCGGGCCGCUCGGGUCGGGGCGCUGGGCACCGGGACCAUCGACGGGCCGUACUAG